AUGAGUUUUUCUAAAAUGCCACCUCAAGUUAUUAAACCUUCAAACCGACCUAACGAAGAAUAUACAAUUCUUCAAUUACUUGGAAGAGGCAGUUUUGGUAUGUGUUUCCAAGUUGAGAACCAAGAUGGAGAAAUUUUUGCCUUGAAAGUCAUUGAAAAACAAGCAUUGGGGCAAAACUAUGACGAGGUUCUUAACGAAACAAAUAUCCACAACAAAUUAAAACACCCACAUAUCGUCAAUCUUUAUGAUGUAUUUGACGAUACUGACUUCGUUUAUUUUAAAAUGGAGCUUUGCUCCAAUCAAUCCCUUUUCGAAAUGGUGAGAGAUCGAGGGGAAUUGACAGAAUCCGAAGUUAGAUUAUAUAUGCUACAAUUGAUAGAUGCCGUGGGUUAUAUGCAUGAUAAUAAUAUCAUGCAUAGGGAUCUCAAACCUGAAAAUAUUUUCUUAUCUGAUAAUUUGGAUAUAAAAAUUGGGGACUUUGGGUUAUCGACUGAAUUAGAUCCGGCAGGUGGACGACAAAGAACCGCCUGUGGAACUUUAUCUCAUAUGGCACCAGAAAUUUUAACACCCGAAGUUGGCUACAGGUUCGAAGCUGAUGUAUGGGCAAUUGGUGUUAUCAUACCAUUUAGUGGACAUACACAAUCAAUGGUCAUUGACCGAAUUUUGAAUGCCGAUUUUGAGUUCCCUAGUGACAUUGAAGUGUCACAUACUGCAAAAAAUCUUAUUUCGGGAAUACUCAAUCCUGAGUAUGGUUCCCGUCUCACACUAUCAGAAAUCCGACGACAUUUCUUUUUCCGAGGACCAACACCCAUCCAACUACCGAUUUCCGCUCUCCGAACCGCUCCGAAUUUUGACGUUAUUUCCAAAUCUGAAGUGUGGGCCCAUAUUCGCAAGGACCAUCCCAUUGUUACCGAAUCCGAAAUCCGUGAAUUUAUAUUUGGGUCCUUGUAA